AUGGCUACGACCAGCUCCGGCUCUCUUGACAGUGAUACUGAAGGCGUCGCGCCCGACAAACUACGACAGUAUGGACUUCUCAAAGCUAUCGGCUCGGUGGAUGUAGGAGCUAUGAGUAGAGACUGGCUUGUGCACGCUGCCUUCGAAUCUUUUGACUCGUCCCGUCGUGGUCGUGAGGUACAGCUCCAGUAUUCACGAAACAUGGAUGGACAGUGGAUCCAGAGUCCGCGCCUGCGGCAAUGCUUCAACAACAUUCAGCUUGGUGCCAAGAUGGGCCCGGAGCUUACGGGCAACACGUCCCCAAGUCACGUGUCGCAACUCUUCUCACUCUUCUCCUUGACUGCAGGCGCCUCGGUUGGCGGCUGCUUCGGCCUCCUUACAGGGGCUUGGGUGGCGAUCACGCAGAGGAACCUCCUGGUGCUGCCAGUCUCCGUGAUCGGAGGUGCUGUCAGCUUUGGAUUCUUCCUCGGGUGCGGCAUGAUCAUCAGGUGUGAGGAGCAGAAGGGUGGUGCGAUGGUUCACUCCCAGCUGGUCUCCGUGGAUGCUCCCACCCGACCGAGACCGCUGCUUGGAGCGACCGGCGUCAGCUUCGCGCCCUUGGUCCAGGCACUACGCCACCGUGACGAGUGA